CCCUGCCCUUUCCCCGCUUUCUGUCUGACACCUCCAAUCCAAAGAGUACCUAAUACUUGUAUCUUUCCCAAUUUGAGCUCGAUCUGAUCGUAUUGAGAAACCCUCCAAGUUUACGCCAUGUUUCUUACCGAUUGGUUUUAUCGAGUUCUUGCUUUCUUCGGUCUGUGGCAGAAGAAGGCGAAUAUCUUGGUUCUGGGUCCUGAAAGUGAAGUAAAGACCGCCUUGCUUUCUUGGUUGGGAGAUGAGGGGAUAUAUAUUAGGAAUAUUAACUUCAAGGGAAUUGAUUUCGCGAAUUAUAAGACUGCACGCAGAGUCUUGACGGACUACAAUUUGAAGACUGGGGCAGUGAAGGAGUGGUGGAUUUGCACCCAAGUCAGCAUUUGAAAUAGGGUUGGGUUUAUGUGGUGCUUUCAAUCACUUAUUCAUACAUUGAACUUAUCGUGCCUUUCACCAUUUCUCAAUUCAAUUGUUAUUUUCUGUAAUAAAUUUGAAAUUUCUGUUUAUUGGUUUGUCAGUGUUGCUCAAUAGUUUGUUUUUGGUUGUCUUUGCUAGUAAAUACUUUUAAUCUGUAAUGUCCUGUUCUCAGGUGGAUGCAAUUGUGUACGUGCCUUCCAUUUAUGGCUGUUGGCCUCCUAGUUUUCCUGUUGAACCUCUAUCAGUUGAAGUAGUGAAAGCACUCCUUUCUGCUCAGUUUCAAUCAGCAGCAGAACUGGGGGCACUCCUUUCUGAUGAGGCUCUUGCCAACGUCCCAUUUCUUAGACUGGCAGCCGACGCUGAGCCCGUAGUCGCUGAGCCCGUAGUCGCUCAGCCCAUAGUCGCUCAGCCCGUAUUCGCUGAGUCCGUAGUCCAUAAGUGGCUUGCCCGGAAUGUCCAUGACCAAGACGCAAUUUUUGUACGCUUAAAUGGCGGUCCGGAAAAAAAAAAUCACAUGGGACCCUUCUAGCGGAUGUCGUGAUGGCUUCGAGUGGCUGUCUCAGUACAUCAGGUAAGCUAAUGAUAAGGAAGAUGUGUCAAGAGACACUCUGUUACGGAGCCCAAUUCAACUUUACCAUGCUCUUCCUCACCCAGAAUUGUAUUCAUGGGACUAUUUUGAGCCGCCUUAAGUAGGUUUUGAAUUGAAUGUAAUUCGUUUUGGAUAUAUGUGGGGAAGGAGGUAUUAAAAUGUCACUAGGCUGCCAAAUCUGCAUAUUGCAGUAUGUCUCUGGUAUUGUAGGUUGUGGCAUGAACUUUCUCCAUCUCUUGCUUAUUCAAGCUCUUAAAUAUUAUUGUGAACUGGCCUUCGGGUCCAGUGGUUCGUCCCCAAGUCUUAAAUGCUUGGGUUUAGUUGGUCAAGAGUUCAAUUUUCAU